GACAUGUCUUCCUUUCCCCAUUCCCGGUGGGGGUGCAACAAGAUGAAAAUGAGUGUGUUUUGGGCUCGGGUGUUGAGGGGAGGAAUGGCAUGGAUAUGCUGUGACGUGGAGUGGGUUCGCCUGCAAGAUGUCACCUCCACUUGGAGUCUUGGACGAGUUAAGCCUCGCUCUCUCUCUCUCUCUUUCGUGUGCCGCAUCCGGGCCCCUCCGUAUCUCUGGGCGUGCUCCAGUGCUCCAUUUUGUUGAAUAUGUUGCAACUUGUACAAUGUAUUAUGUGGGUUGUCCA